AUGUCUCCUUACUUUUCGUUGUUUGCAGCGAGUCGCGCUUCGGACUGGGGAAUCAAGCCCGUUUUCUCGAAUCUCAAAGCCAAAAACAAAUCACACCCUCUAAAUGAGAAACCGUUCGCAAAGCUGCAAGGAUGUUUCCGCUCGACGAUUGGUUCAGGAGGCUUGAGAGGCGGCGUUCCGGUAUGGAUUGGGACUCCGUCCUUGCAACAAUGCGGUGCAGAUGAACUGGAAAAGGGCGUCGCAAUAGAAGUACUUGUUGUAGACGUCUGUUUCAGAUGGGAUGACGCUCUGGGAAUUAAGGUGAAACGAACGUGGUGCAGAAACAAGUGGCGCUACAUUAUUUCGCAGCACAAUGCUUCCCGCUCCGAAGUUGGUGGUCUCAUCGAAUCGACUUCAGCCCUUCUUGGCUCGAAAGUGAUGGAGAAAACCAAGACGAGAGCCAAUCCUUGCAUCUGCGUUCGAUGUUUUGUGGGGGUGGAUUCGUUAUUGCUUUUGAUCAAUUCGAGGUGA